AAAAAUCGCGUAUGGAUAAACCCUAUAAGUUUCGUCAGUGCACAAUUAAAGAAUGUCAGGAUUAUGUAAGGCCAUAUGCAACUGAUGCCAUUAGUUUUUAUAACGAUAAAAGCACAGGUGCAAAAUAUGAGCUGGUGGAGCCUGGUAACAUUACACCUGUGCUUCUUGCGACAUGCUUUCUUCACCAUGUCGACUUCAUGGCUAAGAAGACUGAUGUUGCUGAUGCUCCAGAGGAGAUGUUUUUUGCUGAACUGACGACUACCGACCAAGUUGGUCGUGUCACGUUUUGCAAAUGUCAUAUUUCGGUGCAGGAGCUGGCUGAUUCAAUCUUUGCAAAGUGAACUGGUGAUACACAGGGAGAAUCAACCUCCGACAUUCCGCAUCAGAGUGGGAAUGCUUGGAGGCCAGUUGCGAAUCAUUAUGACCAUAAUGGGAGCCAUUCAAAGACUCGGAUUGGUCUCUUAUGAAUCAAUAUGGGGGUUUUGACUUUGUAGUUUGUCAAAACCCUUGUGUUCUUACAUCUGGAAGAUCAAAUGCUGCAGUGUUUUGCGAAGACCAAGGGGAUUUUGCAGGAAGUGCUGGAUGACAAAUGUGUUUCUUCUCUAUAAGAAACGACCACGCAGUUUUGUUGUUGUAUAAACCAUAUGUACACCUUGUUUUAGUAAAAAAAAAGAGCAACUAGCUUUACUGUGAGCUAUAAAGAGUUUGUUGUGGGUGCUGAUACAUGAAAAUAGUUACCCUCAGUAGUAGGAGUGAGCAUUUG